AGGAGAAGGACCUCUCCAUUUUUACCUUUUAUUACAAAUGGAGGAAAACAAAGAUGUUCAGUACUGUUUUCAAGACGGAAACUCUUCUUGCAGAAAGGCUUUGCUAAAGACAUCUAUCUACAUAACACUGUACAUCUUCUUCUCAUUGAUGUCAGCAGUUACAGUAUUUUUGAACAUACUGGUGAUCAUCUCCAUCUCUCACUUCAAGCAGCUCCACACUCCAACCAACCUGCUCAUCCUCUCUCUGGCUGCGUCAGAUCUCCUGGUGGGACUGAUUGUGAUACCAGCAACGACUGUAGCAAUAAUGGAAUCAUGCUGGGGUUUUGGGGAAUAUUUCUGUGCGUUUCAUUACUACAUUGCUUGUUUAUGUACUUCUUUAUCUCUGGGUAAUUUGGUCUUGAUAUCUAUUGACCGCUAUGUUGCAGUGUGUAACCCCUUAUUGUACCACUCUAAAAUAACAACAACAAGAAUGAUGUGUUGUAUAUCCGUUACCUGGUGUUGUUCUAUCAUAUACGAUGCUGCUAUUAUAAAAAACUUAGUAAAUGUACAGGUACCCAGUAAGUGUUUGACAGAAUGUUUAAUUGUUGAAGGGUCAAUCUGGGUUAAUAUAAUUGACCUGGUAAUUACAAUGGUUGUCCCGUGCUCUAUUAUUAUAACACUUUAUAUGAAAAUCUUUGUGGUGGCCAGAUCACAGGCCAGAAAGGUGUUUUCAAAAGAGGCUGCCACUAGCGUCUUGACUAGCCAGAGUCAAGGAGACUCCCGCUCCAGUCGUGGAACCACAGCUAGCCUCUGUCAAGGGCCUGUUCUGGUUGCCGUCGCAGUUGUCUUUUCCUCCCUGUGUGGCCGACACUCGGGUGCCCGAGGUUCGACUGUCUGCUACCCUGGAAACUUCAGCCACAAAGACUCCACCUGCUCUCCCUCAGGAGCCCCUCACUGCUCCUGGCCCAGAGUCCAAGCCCGCACUGAAGUCGUUACCCGCUCCUUGGAUGGAGCCACAGCCUGCAGCUACAGCAGAGGUCAAGUACAGGGGUCUCUCCAGUCACAGCAUGAUGGGACCGGCCAGUCCCAGGCCUGGAGUCCUGCUGGCCCAACCUGCUAG